AUGUCGAAUACCGAGACCUCGAGUUUGUUACCAAGUUUUAAACGUCUUAGUAGGGCGAGAGCAGUCGUACGACCCCCUAUACCAUCAAAUCUCACCGUUAUCCCUGGAGAAUUUUCACUGCUGGCGUCGCUACCGAGAGAACUCCAUCUUCACAUCAUAUCUUUCCUGAGGUUCGAGGACGUGACUCGCCUUCGACGGACGUGCCGGCACUACUACUACUAUUUCACACGUGAUAGAAUUACGAAGCAAUUCUGCAGAAACGGACUGCCUACUCCCCACUUGCGCGGCUGCUGCGCCAGCUGCUUUCGAAGAUCCGACUUUACCAUGGUUCUUGACGAGGUACAUUGGCAGAGCCCGUGGAGAUCGAUGUGCUUCGAGUGCUUUCGCGUAGAGCGGAGUCCGGCGUACUACGAUAGAAGAAAGUCUACAAGAAAGUCUACGAAAAUUACCUUCGCGGAUGGGGAGAGCGGCCACGUCUGCUCUUACUGCGGCUGGCCCGUAUAUCGGGAACGAAUGCACAUAACUUGCUACCAAAAUGCAAAGAAGUCGUAUGACCGUUUCCUCAAGGCGAAGGGGCGGGACUUCCUUAACGCUGUAGUAAUCAUGCCGCUCCUCACCGUUAUAUGCUCUGAGGGUCCUUUCAGUAUAUACCUCCGGUGUGUCGUAAAAAUGGCGGACGAAGAAGAUCGCCCGAAUCCGCAGCUCUUCUGGUAUCCCUAUAUUGCUAUGGGCCCCGUAUUAGUUCUCCUUUGGCUGCUGUUGGUGAUCCAAAGCAUAUAUGGGAUGCAAAUAAAUUGGAACGAUAAGAACGCUGUGGAAGGUGGUGUAUUUGUGGUCACUUAUUUCUCCGUUAGGGUGUAA